CCGAGGCCAGAGCCAAGGCUGAGCCCCCCCUUCUCCCCUCCCCAGUCCCAUCUCUGUCCUCCCCUCCCGCCUUGGCCGAGCCCCAGCUCCUCGCCCGGAGGAAGGGUGCACGUUGUGGGCAUCUCCCAUCCACCGAAAUCUAUGAUCAGCUCGGUGUGUGUCUCCUCCUACCGUGGACGCAAGUCUGGGAACAAACCACCCUCCAAAACAUGCCUGAAGGAAGAGAUGGGCAAAGGGGAAGAGUCGGACAAGAUCACCAUCAAUGUGGGUGGCACCCGGCAUGAGACCUACAAGAGCACCCUGCGGACUCUGCCAGGCACCCGCCUGGCCUGGCUGGCCGACCCCGACGCCCAGAGCAACUUUGACUUUGAUGGCAAAAGCAACGAGUUCUUCUUCGACCGGCACCCCGGGAUCUUCUCCUACGUGCUCAACUACUACCGCACCGGGAAGCUGCACUGCCCCGCGGACAUCUGCGGGCCCCUCUUCGAGGAGGAGCUCACCUACUGGGGCAUCGACGAGACCGACGUGGAGCCCUGCUGCUGGAUGACCUACCGCCAGCACCGCGACGCCGAGGAGGCCCUGGACAUCUUUGAGAGUCCCGAGCCUGGCGGAGGGGCUGCUGGAGAGGAGGCUGAAGAGGAAGGGGGUAGGGAGAUGGCCCUGCAGCGCCUGGGCAUGGAUGACAGGCCCCCAGGGGCGGCAGGGGCGGCCGGAGGGGGUGGCUGCUGCCGGAACUGGCAGCCCAAGAUGUGGGCGCUCUUUGAGGAUCCCUACUCGUCCAAGGCAGCACGGGUGGUUGCUUUCGCCUCGCUUUUCUUCAUCCUGGUCUCCAUCACAACCUUCUGCCUGGAGACACACGAGGCCUUCAACAUUGAUGUCAACGUGACGGAGACCCUGGUGGUCGGCAACACCACGACGGUGCUGCUGACCCACAAAGUGGAGACGGAGCCCAUCCUCACCUACAUCGAAGGGGUCUGCGUGCUGUGGUUCACCCUUGAGUUCCUGGUUCGCAUCAUCUGCUGCCCAGAUAAGCUUCUCUUCAUUAAAAACCUGCUCAACAUCAUUGACUUCGUGGCCAUCUUGCCCUUCUACCUGGAGGUGGGUCUCAGUGGCCUGUCCUCCAAAGCCGCCCGGGACGUGCUGGGUUUCCUGCGGGUGGUGCGCUUCGUCCGCAUCCUGCGGAUCUUCAAGCUGACGCGGCACUUUGUGGGUCUGCGGGUGCUGGGCCACACUCUGCGGGCCAGCACCAACGAAUUCCUGCUCCUCAUCAUCUUCCUCGCCUUGGGGGUCUUGAUUUUCGCCACCAUGAUCUACUACGCUGAGCGGAUCGGAGCCAAGACGUCCGACCCCACCGGGAGUGACCACACUCACUUUAAGAACAUCCCCAUCGGCUUCUGGUGGGCCGUGGUCACCAUGACCACACUGGGCUAUGGUGACAUGUACCCCAAGACCUGGUCGGGGAUGGUGGUGGGUGCCCUGUGCGCCCUGGCCGGGGUGCUGACCAUCGCCAUGCCCGUGCCCGUCAUCGUCAAUAACUUUGGGAUGUACUAUUCCUUGGCCAUGGCCAAGCAGAAGCUGCCAAAGAAGAAGAAAAAGCAUAUACCCCGUCCAGCCCCACUGGACUCACCCACCUACGGCAAAUCCGAGGAGAACUCGCCCCGGAACAGCACCCAGAGUGACACCUGCCCACUGGCAGUAGAGGAGGGGGCAACUGAGAGGAAACGGUCAGACUCCAAGCAGAACGGGGAGGCCAACGUGGUGCUGUCGGAUGAGGAGCAGCCGCUGUCCCCGAUGGACGAGGAGAAGCGGCCGAUGCGGCGCUCCAGCACCCGGGACAAGAACAAGAAAUCCUCCACGUGCUUCCUGCUGGCCACGGGGGACUUCUCCUGUGCAGCAGAUGGAGGCAUCCAGAAAGAUUCCUGCCAGGACACCCUCGCUUCCAGUUACCCCCAGGGUGAGGUGGUCACCUUCUCCUGAGCCCCAGCUGGAUGCAGGCAGUGCCCUCCCCAGGGCAUGCCUUCCCCAAGGUGGAAGGAGGCUCUCCCUGGGGCCAGGGGAUGCUCUUCCUGAGGCUAAAGGAUGCAUUCCCCCAGGGAUGCUCUCCCCAAAGCCCAGGAAUGCUUUCCCUCAGGCUGGGACAUGCAUUCCUCCAGGGAUGCUCUCCAAGGGAUGCUCUUCCCGAGGGAGGUGCUCUCCCCAGGGCUGAGGGAUGUCCUCCCCAAAGCCCAGGGAUGCUCUCCCCAAGGCUGGGACAUGCACUCCUCCAGGGCUGCUCUUCCCAAGGAGCUUUCUCUCCCCAGAGCUCCAGCUCCAUCCCGGAGGGGGGAGGGAGUUGGCAGCUGGGUCCCCCCGAGAGGUGCCGCAGAGCAGCAGGGCUGGGGGGAGGUUGGGGACAGUCCCACUCCCCUUCCUGGUGCCAGCCCUGCCAGGCCACGCUGCCCCUGCACCCCCUGGGCUGCCCCCUCCCCUUGCCCCUGCUUCUGGCUGCACCUCACCCUCCACCUCUGGAGAUCCAGCUGCUCACCAGGACAUCUCUGCCCGUGGCUGCGCCCGUGCCCUGACCCCUCCAUCGUCACACGGACACUGGGAGCCUCCCCCAGGCACUCCAGGGUGCCACAGGCUCCACUCUGGGUGCCCCUCCAGGGUGACAAAAACUCCACUCUGGGUGCCCCUCCAGGGUGACAAAAGCUCCACUCUGGGUGCCCCUCCAGGGUGCCACAGGCUCCACUCUGGGUGCCCCUCCAGGGUGCCACAGGCUCCACUCUGGGUUCCCCUCCAGGGUGACAAAAACUCCACUCUGGGUGCCCCUCCAGGGUGACAAAAGCUCCACUCUGGGUUCCCCUCCAGGGUGACAAA